AUGGAUGAGUACAACGGAAGCGCUGUGGUGGCAAUGGCAGGUGACCGCUGUGUGGGCAUUGCUGCUGAUCGUCGACUAGGAAUAAAUCGAUUCAAUACUAUAAGCAAUGAGUUCGACAAGUGCUUCAAAGUAAACCAACAGUGCUUUGUCGCCUUCCCAGGGCUAGCCACAGAUGUGCAGACAAUGCAUAAGGAGUUGCGCUUCCGUUGCAAUCUGCUGCUGCUGCGUGAAGACCUUCCCUGGAUGACCCCCUCGCUUGUGUCGUCUUUGAUAUCGUCCAUGUUGUAUGAGCGUCGCUUUGCUCCUUUCUUCGUGUCUCCUGUUGUUGCCGGGUUAGAGAAGGACACGCAUAAACCGUUUCUAGCAGGUUUCGACUGCAUUGGGGCUGCCUGCAAAGCGGAGGACUUCAUUGCCAACGGCACAGCCAAAGAACAGCUCGCAGGCAUAUGCGAGGCAAUGUGGAGACCUAAAAUGGGAGAGGAGGAGCUCUUGGAGACCCUUUCACAGUGCCUCCUUGCUGGUGUGGACAGGGAUUGCGUGUCAGGCUGGGGUGGGGUCGUUCACGUUGUGACUCCUGAGAAGAUUAUAACUCGCCUUCUGAAAGGCCGCAUGGAUUGA